UUUUUUUAUUUACAGUCACUUCUGUGAAAUAAAGUGAUUUGACAAUUUUUUGUUUGCUUUGACAAAGAAUGGUUAAAAGGAGACCUCAUUAAUAUAACAUUGAUAAACACAACUAACCGUUAACUAAUAUUCAGAAUUGGAUAAAAAAGUCUGGACAUCAAUUUAGAGCAUUUUUAUAUAAUCUUCACAACUAAAAAACGCUAUAAAUCGUUUGUGUAAAUGGAUAUGGAUACUCUCGGUGUACGGGAAGCCACGUCGGAGGAUUGUGAAAAAAUUUUCAAAAUGGUGAUUGAACUUACGAAGUACGAAAGUCAACAUUUAAGCUUAAUUAAAACAACAGCAGAAUCAUUAAAAGAAGAUGGAUUUAAAAACAAGCCUUGGUUUAAAUGUCUGGUUGCCACUAAAAAUGCAGAAUUAAUUGGUUACCUUUUGUACUUUCGAACUUACUCAAUACAACAUGGUCGAACAAUGCAGAUGAAGGAUUUAUAUGUGAGGUUGGGGCAUAGACAUGUAGGGGUGGGUAAAAGACUGAUAAAAGAACUUAGCAUUAUAGCUUUAAGAGAAAAGUGUAAACUGAUUAACUGGCGCGUGUUGAAUGACAACGACAACGCAAUCGGAUUUUAUGAAAAUAUUGGAGGAGACAUGCAGAGCAAUGUGAAGGUUGGAGCAAAUAAUGGCGAGUUAAAGAAUUUUUCUACAGUUAGAUUAUAGUAUAAAUCAUCUAUAUUUUUAUAAAACAACUUUGCACCAUUGUAGUAAGAGACGAAAGAAAUAAGUGAAUGUAAUUAUUCUCUGUUUUACUGCAUAGCUAGAAAAUACA